AUGGACACAGUACUGGAACAGUUCACGGGACUAGACUCCUUCUCCUCAUCCUACUUUGAAGAGGAAGAUUUUUUUACAGACCAGUCCUCCAGGGACCCCCUGGACACUGAUGAGUUUUUAGACCAAGAUGUGGACUUUUUAACUAGUCAGAUUCAAGAGUACUACAAGGACAGUCGCAUCCUGCAGGAUGGAGAGUACUGUGAAGGGGGGAACUUCUCUUUUUCCUCCUCUUCAUCUACAGGUGGGUUCUCCUUUGAGUGCGCAGACAGUGCCUCCGAUGGUUCGCCUCACCUGAAGGGACUAAGUGCAGCGGUGAGGAGGAGGCGCCGGGUACGGUCUGAAGCCGAAAUGCAGCAGCUCCGGCAGGCGGCCAACGUGAGAGAGAGGAGACGCAUGCAGUCAAUCAACGAUGCAUUCGAGGGGCUCCGGUCACAUAUCCCCACCCUUCCCUAUGAAAAGAAACUCUCCAAAGUCGAUACUCUGCGGCUAGCCAUCGGCUACAUCAACUUUCUGAGUGACCUGGUCCAGUCUGACAUGCCACUGAGAAACUCUAGUAACGAAACCUGCAGCCAGCCGAAGAAAGUGAUCAUAUGCCACCGAGGCACAAGGUCACCUUCUCCAAACGACCCAGAUUAUGGACUACCUCCACUUGCCGGGCACUCAUUGUCUUGGACUGAUGAAAAACAGCUAAAAGAACAAAAUAUCAUUAGAACGGCUAAAGUGUGGACGCCAGAAGAUCCAAGAAAGAUGAACUCUAAAUCUUCCUUAAACAACAUAGAAAACGAACCUCCAUUUGACUUCGUGUCUUAG